AUUAGACUAAAGAUAGCUUUGACAAGAAAUAAGUUUCCAUUUGCGAAUCAUUUAUAACGCAGUGGUCUCAAGAGUCAUCACUUUCGAUCGAUCAGCGGGCAAAAAUGUUUAAAAAAUUCACCGUAUUAUUCUGCGUACUUCUAGUAUACACUGUUAAUACCGAAAAGCAUGAAUAUGUGGUUAUUGAAGAUUAUCCGUACCAUGUAUCGAUCCAGAUAGCCGGACGACACAUUUGCAGUGGCGCCUUUAUACACGAAUCAUGGAUUAUGACCGCGGCAUCCUGUGUUUUCAGGACAAAGUCGUCGGCGGUAUUCGUACAAGUCCGUUCCUCUUAUCUUUCCAUGGAUGGCGAUGUAUUAGAAAUAGACAAUAUUGUGGUGCAUGAAAAUUUCAAUAAGUAUGUGUACUUCAACGAUAUAGCAUUGAUAAAGCUAAAGAGUCCUGCGGAGUUUGGAGAAAAGUUGCUUCCUAUCGGACUGCCGGAGAAGGAAAAUGAACAACUCCGGGACGGGACCCAUUGUGUCGUGACUGGCUGGAAACGAACUCGGGGGACCAGCCCGAGCGGAACUCAGCUCGCGGCGGCCGCUGUGGCGAUCGUAAAUCAACGUACGUGCAGGGCGAGGAUGCCGAGCUACAAGCCGCUGUCUAAGGAUAUGCUGUGCGCCGCUAACGCUACCCGCCCGUCGGAAGCGUGCCAGGGUGAUCUAGGCGCGCCUCUAGUGUCGGCGCAGAUGCUGAUUGGCAUUCUAUCCUACGGAUUAGGUUGCGAAACCAGGAUACAUCCGGGUGUCUAUACUCGUGUCAGCAGCUACUUGCCGUGGAUCUUUAUGAACACUGGUAUCUCCUACAAAUGAAGCAGUGCACAUGCACGACCGUCGUACUCAAUUUCAAUUAAUUAUACGCAAAUUA